AAUAUUUUAAUAUUUAUUAGUGCAUUUUUUAGUAUGGACAAUAUGGUAACACUUUUUCCCUCAGAUAUAUAUGAAAUUUGUUUUCCCUGUACAUUUAUCUUCGGACUAUAAGAAUAUUUAAAAAGAAGAAACUAAAAGAAAAGACUAAAGGAAUAUAUUUCAAUUUCUGAAGAUUUUAAAAAUAUGGCUGAUAGGCUUACGCAGUUGCAAGAUACAGUUAAUCAGCAAGCCGAGCACUUCUGCAAUGCAAUUGGAGUUAUACAACAAACAUCGUUUCCAAGUAAAUUUUUGAACUUCGACAGAACAGGUUCUCAAACUCCUAAUGCUACUCAAUCAACUCAACCAGAGGAUUAUGCGCAGUUAUUUGCACAACUUAUUGCUCGAUGCGCCAAAGAUAUUGACACAUUGAUUGAAUCGUUGCCAAACGAAGACAGUUCGAUUGAGCUCCAAAAUUCCAGCCUUAAGAAACUAGAGAAUGAAAAUCAGGAAACGGCAGUCGAACUGGAGGAGGUUGUCCAAAAGGGAGAGCUAUUACUUGAAAAAAUUCAAUCUGCUUUGGAAAAUAUUGCCCAAGCUCAACUAGAUAUGCAAAUAUCAAUUAAGCAAAGUUUUCAAUAAAAAAAUUAUAUUUCUUUAUAA